GCCGGUCCUCUGAGACUAGAUCAAAGGCACACAGGUGUGGAGAGGUGGAGAGAAGGAAGAGGAAUGGAGGGGACGGGAUUCGAACCCUCACCCCUGAAAGCUGAGUCCUGGACCUGGCGUUCCAAGGAGGUGGUUCUGAGUCCAACCCUGACGCCCCCCAGCGGGGCACCUCGAGCCCUCCACCCCCACCCCCACCCCCUGCGGCUCAGGCUCCGGGUCCUGGGUCACAAAGGCGGUUGCCAGGCACCCGGUGGAAGAAAGAUGCGGCCGGGAACAGCAGCCGCCACUCUGGAGCGUGCGGCCCGCGGAGUUCGGCAGGUGGGGACUUCGGCGGACCGGUUCCUUGGAACGGGAGGAGCCAUAUGAAGGGGAAGACUUUUUGGCCAGGAGAACAAGGACAGUCAAUGGCAGGAUACCAGCUCUGGUCACCAUGGACCCCACUGGACGAGAGCUUCCAAUGGCUACGGCAUACAACACCCACACCUUCUUCCAAGCACCCUUUUAGGGCUUCCCCCUGCUUCCCACACACCCCUUCUGACCUUGAAGUGCAGCUAUGCUUCCAAGAGGUCACUCUAGUUCUAGACAGCCCAUUCCUGGAAACUGGGGUGAGUCCCAAGUUACCCUGCCACACAUCAGAGCUCCGAACCAUGAACAAUAAGAAAGGGCUGGUCAGGAAGCCUCAGCCUGUCCGCCUCAGUGGAGUGGAUUCCGUCUUUGGCAGGGUCAUCACGGCUCAGCCGCCAAAGUGGACGGGGACCUUCAGAGUUUCAGACAAGUCAGCCUUUUGCAAAAUCAUCAGCCGGGAGCACCAGUGGCCCACUGGACUUAAGGAACCUCAGAUUCAGAUGACAGUGACCAUGUGUAAGCAGAUGCUGCGCUCUAUCCUCUUGCUGUAUGCAACAUACAAGAAGUGUACCUUUGCAUUGCAACACUCCAAGUAAAGGGUCCUCAACUGAUUCCCGUUCCUCACACCAUGCCCUGUGCUAUAUGCCAGAAGCUUACAGAAACCUGGCCGUGUAAAGGAAACUGUGACAUUGCCCCUGCCAUCUUAUUUUUCUGUCAAGUGGUGACAAUUCAGGAGUCCCUUUCUUUCCUUCCCCUCCAAAAAAAGGGCCAAUACAGAGCGAGGGAGAACAUUUCCAUUGUAAAGUUAAACAACCAUGUAAAAGAGAGUCAAACUAGCACUGACAUGUACAUGUGAUAGAGAACCAUUAAAUAAACCAUAUAAACCAAUGAGUCUAGUGUGAACUCACUUAAACAUUUAAAACCACAGUGAAUUGGGGAAACAAAGGAGGGUCAAAAAACAUG